UCUCUCUCUCUCUCUGUCCCGCUGUCCAGCUCGGAGACACGACACUGAAUGAAGACUAAGGGCGACUUUCCGCGGACAGCAUGGGGAUUUUAUCCGACUUGUAAACACGGCUGGAAUUAAACUCAACGCAGCACCAUUUUGGAGCAUCUCCACCGUCGACUGUUUGGUUUGUUUUUGCUUCUUGAGGCUUUAAAAAGAAAGAAAGAAGGGAAGUAAAAAAAAAGGUGGAACCUGGCACUUUUGGCACUUGGAAGCAAGCAGGAGUUUGUUGUCGGAUUGACAAUGUCGCGGUGUGUGUGCGAGAGCAGCGCCUGAGCUCGGUGGACUCCCCUGAUGCGGUGUGAUUCCGAGCGGCUCCGUGGUUCCGCACAGCCGCCCUCGGCGCGCCCAAAGCCGGCCUCGGUGUGAGCGGGGACUCGGUUGCUGCGCCGCCACCUCCUCCACCACCAACACCACCACCACCACCUCCUCCUCCUUCACCACCUUCUCUUCCUCCUCCUCAUCCUCCUCCACCUCGUCCUCAUGGCGCAGCGGUAAAUACCUGAAGCUUGCAAAUAUAGGUACAUCAUGUGGAGAUUUAAGUACGAGGAUCUGGUGCAUUACGGAGGGGACGGGCUCGGUAUCCCGGCGGUGUAUGGCGAGCCUCACGCUGCGGCGCGCGCCGUGCACGCGGUUCACGGGGGUCCCGGUCCCGCCGCCGCGCUGCACGCGCACCACUACCCGCUGGCGGCGUCCGCCGGCGUGGGCUCGGCUGUUAACGACGCGCUAAAGCGCGACAAAGACGCCAUUUAUGGACACCCGCUGUUUCCUCUGCUUGCACUGGUUUUUGAGAAAUGUGAAUUAGCGACGUGUACGCCCAGGGAGAGCGGCCUGGCGGCUGAUGUCUGCUCAUCCGCAUCCUUCGACGAGGACAUUACAGUGUUUUCAAAACAGAUAAGAACAGAAAAGCCAUUCUUCACACCUAAUCCAGACUUGGAUAACCUGAUGGUACAAGCCAUACAAGUGCUGCGUUUUCAUCUAUUAGAAUUAGAGAAGGUCCACGAGCUCUGUGACAAUUUCUGUCACCGGUACAUCAGCUGUCUGAAAGGAAAGAUGCCGAUGGACCUGGUGGUGGACGACAGAGAAGGAUCGUCCAAAUCCGACAGCGAGGAAUUCAGUCGAACCUCCGGCGGCCCCGCGGAUCAAAUGUGUUGGAGGGAAGAUGACUCCGUGUCCGUUCACUCCACCGAAGGUCCGGCACCCUGCGGCGGACGUUCCAGUUCUCUCAACGGAGACAACAGUAGUGAACAUGGUGACCUUUUGGACCACGGUGCUGCCUCUCCGAGCACGGGGGACGACGACGAGACGGACAAGGACAGGAGGAACAACAAAAAACGGGGGAUUUUCCCUAAAGUGGCAACCAACAUCAUGCGAGCGUGGCUGUUCCAGCACCUAACACACCCGUACCCGUCUGAAGAGCAGAAGAAGCAGUUAGCGCAGGAUACGGGACUCACCAUCCUCCAGGUCAACAACUGGUUCAUCAACGCCAGGAGGAGGAUAGUCCAGCCCAUGAUUGAUCAGUCGAACCGCGCGGUGGGUCACGGUGGGCCGUACACUCCUGACAGUCAGCCCAUGGGAGGAUACAUGUUGGAUGGACAGGCUCACAUGGCCGCCAGAGCCCCAGGUUCAUUGGGGAUGGGGAUGGACAGUCAGUGGCACUACAUGUAACCAACGUCUAGUGCGUCUUAACACCUACCGAGGUGUCAGCACCAAAGAUGGCGAAUCGUCAACGCUACAAAUCCCAGAAGCCUGAUAAAUUACCUCUCCGUGGCUUAAGGAAUGCAAGUGCCUCGCUGCCACCACAGAGACUGCUUCAGCAGGCCGUUACAGCCGUCUCGUUCAAAAUGGCCGCCCCAGCUGGAGUCUGGCGAGGACUGGGACAUCAAUCAUAAUGGGUCAAAAAAAAAAGAAAAAAAAAAAAGAAAAAGAAAGCUCCUCUACUACCCCCAGCUUUACCUGCUGUAGGCCUGGAGACAAAGACUGAACUGCCUUAAAGGAUAAAGACGCUCCAAUGUUAAACCUCAAAUCUGUAUUUUGUUCAGGGGUUUAAACGGCUUUAUUGUGCUCCUUUCUAGGACUUUUGAUUGAAGGCCCAGAAAUGACCUCCCAUAGCUGGCUAAGAGGAAGUAGUUUAAUAUCAUUAGCAUGAGUAUCACACUGUGGGCUUAUUUUGUGAAUUAUUAAUGUAUUUACCCUGAUAUUUAACUCCAAAUGGUUAUUUAUGUAGUGGCGCGAAAGCAGAGAUUCAACAGCAGACUUCAUCAACUUCCUUAGAUUCAGGAUCAACUUCCUUAUUUACAGCAUCAGCUUCCUUAGAUUCAGGGUCAACUUCCUUAUUUACAGCAUCAACUUCCUUAGAUUCAGGGUCAACUUCCUUAGAUUCAGGGUCAACUUCCUUAUUUACAGCAUCAACUUCCUUAGAUUCAGGGUCAACUUCCUUAUUUACAGCAUCAACUUCCUUAUUUACAGCAUCAACUUCCUUAGAUUCAGGGUCAACUUCCUUAUUUACAGCAUCAGCUUCCUUAGAUUCAGGGUCAACUUCCUUAUUUACAGCAUCAGCUUCCUUAGAUUCAGGGUCAACUUCCUUAUUUACAGCAUCAACUUCCUUAGAUUCAGGGUCAACUUCCUUAGAUUCAGGGUCAACUUCCUUAUUUACAGCAUCAACUUCCUUAGAUUCAGGGUCAACUUCCUUAUUUACAGCAUCAACUUCCUUAUUUACAGCAUCAACUUCCUUAGAUUCAGGGUCAACUUCCUUAUUUACAGCAUCAACUUCCUUAGAUUCAAGGUCAACUUCCUUAGAUUCAAGGUCAACUUCCUUAGAUUCAGGAUCAACUUCCUUAGAUUCAGGAUCAACUUCCUUAGAUUCAAGGUCAACUUCCUUAGAUUCAAGGUCAGCUUCCUUAGAUUCAGGAUCAACUUCCUUAGAUUCAGGAUCAACUUCCUUAGUUACAGCAUCAACUUCCUUAGUUACUGCAAGAAGUUCUUUACUUACAACAUCAACUUCCUUAGUUACAGCAUCAACUUCCCUCAGGUACAGCUUCAACUUCCUCAGAUUAGGAUCAACUUCCUUAGUUACAGCAUCAACAUCCUUAGUUACAAAAUCAACUUCCUUAGUUUCAGGAUCAACUUCCUUAGUUACAGCAUCAGUUCUCUUAGUUACAGCCCAGAAACAUCCUUAGUUACAACAUCAAAUUCCUUAGAUUCAGGAUCAACUUCCUCGGUUACAGCAUCAGUGUCCUUAGUUACAGCAACAACUUCCUUAUUUACAAUAUCAACUUCCUUUCUUAGAGAAAGGAAUUUCCUUAGUUACAGAAUCAACUUCCUUAUUUACAGCAUCAGUGUUGUAACUACACGAUCAACUUUUUUAGUUAUAGCAUUGAAUUUUUCCAUACAAACAUUGACCUCCUCAGUCAACGGUAUUGACUUCCUUAGUUAUAGCACUGACUUCCUUAACUACAGGAUCAACCUCCUUAAUUACAAUAUCAGCCUUCAUAGUAAGCAGAUCAGCUUCCUUAGUUACGACAUUGUUUGGUCAGUGGUGGAUAGAAACACCUGAAGGUAUCAGAAGGUCAGCUGAUGGUCACUGGAUGAAGAUGCUGAUGAUCUAAAAAGCUGUCUCUCCAGUGUGAUUCGUCUGUUUAGACGCUGAAACUAGCGUGUUCAUUUCGGAUCAUCGUGAGCUCCGAAGACUUCCACACACCAUUCACACCAUUUUAGCUCCAGCUCACAUUGACUAAUUCCCUGUCUUCCAAACUGGUGCUUGAGCUCCUCAUGUGGGUUUGUCCAGGUGCACUGGGGAGCUGAAUGAGGCGUUUAAAAUCGCUGAUGUGCAGAAACACAUAAAUACCAUGAGGACACCAAAAAGACCUAAUAACACACACACACACGACUCGACCAGUCCAGAAAACCAGCGUGUGGCCUGCUGUGAUUUUAACGACACAUCCCACCGAAUCCUAUCGGAGGUCACGUCUGUGCUUUCUCAAAUCUCCCCCCCCCAAAAAAAACCCCACGCUGAAUAAAAUACACACUUUGAGGUUUAACACUGACCUUUAAGAUGUUUAAAAAGACUUUUACGAAGACCUUUAAGAAACACACUUCUUCUCACCAGCAGCAGGACGACCUGCGGAUAUUUCAAGGAUCUACUUCAUACGGGAUCUAUGUGGAAGUACAUUGAAAAAAAGAAGAAGAAGAAGAAGAAGAAGAAGAA